CGCUAUCUCUGGGGGCGGUUCGACCGAGAUGGGAAACAAGCCAACUCGAGGUCCGCAAUGAUGCGAUGUGUUUUAGCCGAGGGAACCCUGCUCAUCUCCCUAUUUAUAUUUUGCGAGAAGGUCUGGUGUUUCUCAAACAGUGGGACAGUAACGAUAUUCUGAGCCAUGUACAUGUUUUGACAACAGCGCUUCUGGAACGGUUACAGCUGGAGGGCAUUCCAUCCUCUACGCCAUUGCAGAAAGCCCAACAUGGCGCGAGUGUGACGGUUUAUUGUGAAGGGGCCUCUGAAAUCGUGAAACUGAUGGCCAAAGCUGGUGUUUAUGCGUGGAACGGUCAAGGGAGAGUACGCUUUAGCUUUCAUGGUUACAACUGCCUCGAGGACGUCGAUCGUAUCAUGGAAAUAUUUCCUUCUUUGUGGAAAGAGUUCAAUGGGAGAAAAUUCGAACUUUAG